AUGCAACCAUUUUCUUUUUCCAGGAUCGACCAGUUGAUGAGACCCACCGGAGCAGUGCGGUGUUGGUGGUGGUUCGCGCUGGUCCUUACUCUGGCCACCACCUCCACGCAAGGCUGGACACCCCGGAACGGGUCACGUAUACAGAUCAACAACCGGCCAGUGGACUUGUCACAGACGGCAUUCGGCCAUGGCCGGGGCCAGAGCUCCAUCAAGUUGGGAGUGCUCAAGAAUCGGCUCAAGGAACCGGUGCAGUUGUCCACCACUCCGGUGGCGACCACCACCAGCACGGAGCGGUUCCGCAGGCAGCAGCCCACUGUGCCGAGGACCAUGGCCCGUCGGCAGCACCAGAACCUGACGGUCGGCCUGGUGCUGCCUUACAAGUCGUUCGACACGCGAAUCUACACCAAGGCGUUCACGUCGGCCAUAAGCGGGUUGCAACGUAACUUCAAGACAAGGAAGACCAACAUAUUCAAGAACUACGAUAUCCAUCACACCAUCGACAUGAAACAGCUCACGCCCACGCCCACAGGUCAGUCGUAG